GUUCCUUAGAAAGAGAGCUUGGACGGCAUGCAAAGUUGUGAAAUAUCUGCAGACAGCACGGAUGAUCCUCUUAGUAGUGGCCUACGGAGAAAACGACAGCCUCGAAUAGUAAUUAUCGGUGCUGGGCUUGCGGGCCUGUCGGCAGCGAAAGCGCUCUUGGAAAGCGGUUUCACGGAUGUAACUAUCCUUGAGGCGACCGACCGAAUCGGAGGCCGCGUGCAAAGCGUGAAACUUGGGCACGCCACUUUUGAACUGGGAGCUACGUGGAUUCAUGGUUCACAUGGAAACCCAGUCUAUCAUCUAGCAGAAGACAAUGGUUUACUCGAAGAGACUACUGAUGGCGAGAGAAGCGUUGGCCGGAUCAGUCUUUACUCCAAGAAUGGGGUGGCUUAUCACCUUACCAACAACGGGCAAAGGAUCCCGAAAGAUGUGGUUGAAGAAUUCAGUGAUUUAUACAACGAGGUCUAUAACCUGACUCAAGAAUUCUUCCAACGAGGUAAACCAGUCAAUGCCGAGAGCCAGAACAGUGUGGGCGUCUUCACACGGGACGUCGUGCGCAAACGAGUCAAGGCCGAUCCGGAUGACACGGAGGCCGUCAAGAGGCUGAAACUAGCCAUGAUCCAGCAGUACCUUAAGGUAGAGAGUUGUGAGAGCAGCUCCCACAGCAUGGAUGAAGUCUCGCUCAGUGAAUUUGGGGAAUGGACCGAAAUCCCUGGGGCUCAUCACGUCAUUCCUUGCGGUUUCAUUAAAAUCGUGGAGAUUUUGGCCCGCUCCAUUCCCGAGUCUGUCAUUCAGCUCCGCAAGCCAGUCAAAUGCAUCCACUGGAACCAGUCGGUCAGCAAGGAGAUUGAGAGGGUGGCUGACCACAACAGUGACCUCCCCGAGGAGGACAAGGGCUCUGAUGUCUUCGUAGAGUGCGAGGACUGUGAGUUCAUCCCAGCUGACCACGUCAUUGUGACUGUGUCCCUGGGAGUCUUGAAGAAACGCCACGAGAGCCUGUUUCAUCCCCGCUUGCCCGAGGAGAAGGUGAUGGCCAUCGAGAAACUGGGGAUCAAUACAACCGACAAGAUUUUCCUGGAGUUUGAAGAGCCUUUUUGGAGCUCCGAAUGCAACAGCAUCCAGUUUGUCUGGGAAGAUGAGGCGGAGAGUGAGAGCUUGACUUACCCUGAGGAUCUGUGGUACAAGAAGAUCUGCAGCUUCGACGUACUCUACCCACCGGAGAGGUAUGGCCAUGUCCUGAGUGGCUGGAUCUGUGGAGAAGAGGCUUUGAUUAUGGAGAAGUGCGAUGACGAGACGGUGGCAGAAACCUGCACCGAAAUGCUCCGUAAAUUUACAG